AACAAUCCAGGUAAGGAAAUCUCAGUCUGAAAAUCUGCUAUUAUGUUGAGAUCAUUCUUGUAAGACAUUGUUUGUAUCUAUGAAUCACUCUAUGCGUAUGUCACUGAGUUCUCAACUUUUUUCAACUAACCCUUUCUUUACCUUGGAAACAUGUAUGAGCUUUUAUUUUAUUGUAUUUUCUGUCUGCCUCUGCUCCAAACAAAUAAUUUAGGUGGAAAAUGUUUGCUCUUCAAGGGUAGUGCUGGCAGUGCUUUGGAGUGUAGGAGAGUGCUGUUGAGAGGUGAUAUAACCUAGGUUUGCAGAUGGAGGUCUCAUCCCCUCUCAGCAGAGCUGUUCCACUCUGACACGCUACCUUGAGCCAAGGCCAGCCCUGCUUGAUGAGGAUUGUAGGAUUCCAAUCGAAGAGAUUUCCGUCUGAGGGAAACGGGAGUAUGGGAGACAAAUGAACAAAAUCCCCAGACCCACAGCAUGUCGAUAGACCUCCUGUUGUUCUUAAUUUGCGUCUGUAAAUGGCUCUAGUUUCCGCUGCUGUGCACCAAGACAAUAAUAAACAACAAUCCUUACUGAUUAUAUACGACUUUACAAUUUCCAAAGCGUUCAACACACAUUAACUAAUUCAUCCAAGGUGCAAAUAUUCUGUGAGCAAAGCUACUCUUUUUGCUGCCCAGGGGAACCUUUCAUUACAGCUGGGACAAGGCUUUUCUUUUUCCCCUGAAGUGGAGCUGUUGACAGGUAUCUUCUCUACAGGGACAGUGUCUUUUUUCCUGAAGUUUUUAAGCCUUCCCCUGCACCCCUGUUUGCACAGGAGUUGGGCGACUCCCAAGUUGUAUGUGGUACUAUUAAAAAAAUGAUGCAGGAAAGUUGCCUGUACAUUCUGUGCUGCAAAUACGAAGACCCAGAGUUAACAGAUUUGUGGUUUCAGAAUCUAUUGAGUUAGCAAAGAUGUCGAGUCAUUAAGUGCGUCUUUCUGUUCUUGUGCAAGUCCUUGGGGGAACGCAAUCUCCAUUGGACCUCAGGCGUCUGGAGAAGAGUAAAUAUCUGUCAGUUCUGACUAUUCUGGAUCAUCAGCCCUUGUGCUUAAGAGAAUUGAGGAUGCUUGGUGGAUGUCUUUGGUCCAUGUUUCACUAGAUCCAGCACCUGGAUCAGACUGGAGUAUCAGUCUGUCUUUUGGAGCAGGAGAAAGCCCAACAGAAGGCCUGUUGCCAGGUGAGAGAUGUGUUUUGAGGGUGGUUAAAGAUGUCUUGUUUCUCACACUUCUGAAUCCCAGACAUGGAGUAAUACAUGUACUGGCAUGAAUCUAAUUUAUCUGGCCUUUGACUCACUUUGUGCUUUUGCAUUUUGUGUGUUUAGUGCUCUCAAGGGGGAGUUUGAUGCACCUCUGUCUGCAUCUUUGAGCUGGGCAGGAUGGGUUCCUCUUUUAUUUGUGACAAUCACAUCUUUUUAGCAUUCCUUUGGGUUAAUUUGCAGACUGCUAGCUGGUGUCACUCAAAGUGACUGACUGAGCUGCUGUGGUAUGUGAAGAUGUCUCCAAGACAACUAAUUUCCUGGUCAAACAGCACAUCUGCUUCUGCCACAAGACAUUUUAAAGGAGCUGAAGGACCAAGGCAUGGUUCAGAAACUUGACCAGAAGCUGCCUGUAGCCAAUGAAUACCUGCUCCUUUCAGGUGGUGUGCGGGAAGGUGUGGUAGACAUUGAUCUUGAUGAGCUGAAUGUUUAUGCACGAGGCACAGACUAUGACAUGGACUUCACCCUGCUUGUUCCUGCACUGAAGCUGCAUGACCGCAACCAACCAGUCACGUUGGACAUGCGCCACUCAGCUUUGUGCCACUCCUGGCUGAGCCUGCGUCUGUUUGAUGAAGGAACUAUCAGCAAAUGGAAGGACUGCUGCACGAUCGUGGAUCAUAUCAACGGAGCUACCAAUUAUUUCUUCUCUCCAACAAAAGUUGCAGACUGGUUCUAUGACUCCAUUAGCAUUGUCCUGUCUGAGAUCCAGAAAAAGCCCCAGCGAGGGAUGCCAAAGGUGGAGAAGGUAGAAAAGAAUGGAACUAUCAUAUCCAUCAUUUUGGGAGUGGGCAGCAGCCGCAUGCUGUACGAUAUUGUCCCUGUUGUGUCCUUCAAAGGUUGGCCAGCUGUGGCCCAGAGCUGGCUGAUGGAGAACCACUUCUGGGAUGGGAAGAUCACAGAAGAGGAAGUCAUAAGUGGGUUUUACUUAGUGCCUGCAUGUUCUUACAAGGGGAAGAAGGACAAUGAAUGGAGGCUUUCAUUUGCCAGAAGUGAAGUGCAGCUGAAAAAGUGCAUCUCCAGUAGCCUCAUGCAAGCCUAUCAGGCCUGCAAAGCUAUCAUCAUCAAAUUGCUGUCCCGCCCCAAAGCCAUUAGUCCCUAUCACUUGAGGAGCAUGAUGUUGUGGGCUUGUGACAGGCUACCAGCCAACUACUUGGCGCAGGAGGAUUACGCAGCCCAUUUUCUCCUGGGUCUCAUUGAUGAUCUCCAGCACUGCUUGGUCAACAAGAUGUGCCCUAACUAUUUCAUCCCCCAGUGCAACAUGCUGGAGCACCUCUCUGAAGAAACCGUCAUGCUGCAUGCACGGAAGCUGUCCUCGGUCCGCUCAGACCCUGCUGAACACCUUCGAACUGCCAUCGAACACGUCAAAGCAGCCAACCGGCUAACGCUAGAGCUCCAGCGGCGGGGCAGCACCACCAGCAUCCCUUCCCCUCAGUCAGAUGGAGGGGACACCAACCAGCCUGAUGACCGAUUAGCCAAAAAGUUGCAACAGCUAGUGACUGAAAACCCUGGGAAGUCCAUCUCCGUCUUCAUUAACCCAGAUGAUGUCACAAGGCCCCACUUCAGAAUUGAUGAUAAAUUUUUCUGAGCUUUCAUCAAUGUUUCUUGGGAUUUUUUCCUUUUGUUUCGUUUUUAUAAGAUCUUGCAGUGUGCAGGUUUUUUUGUUUGGUUUUCCUUGAUGACUUAGUCUCUUGGUUUUUACAUAUCCAGCGUAGAUUGGAUCUGUUGAGAGCAAUCUGAAUAAAUUGUAAUUCCUGGUUCUGCAGGAUGGUGCAGAUUUUGAAACAGUAUAUUACUAUUUCAUAUGCUGCUUCAAUUUUUUUUCACCCACCCAGCCCAAUUGUCUGUGAGUAGUUUCUAAAGGAGAACAUGCACCAUAAACAUAUAUGCUACAGUGUAAUGUAGGUUUUUUUUCAAGCUUCCAUAAUUUAUGUACAUUUUUGGGCCCAGGGAAGUGACAACUCAUCUUCCAUUGCUUUGGAAAUUCUUUUUCCAUGAGCUUCUAUCACCCUAAAGAAAUGAGGAGAGACUCUAUGUUGGAAAGCACUCCUGGUAAUUUGACAAGGCCAAAUUUACUGGGCUGAAGUCCAGUUCAUCUGUUCUUCACACUUCUCACACGAGAGGAGAAAGUUGACUCUAAAGAUGAUGGCACAGCUUUUGGGGGAUAGAGUUUCUGUUUUGAUCUACUUUUUGAAUGUAAUUGUUCAUAAUUGGACCUUGUACAGUUCAGAGGGUUGUUUCUGCUGCUUUUCCAUGCGGAAUAAGGUUAUGGAAUGUUAGUUUUAGUGUGUGUAAUUAUUCAAAGCCUUAUUUAAAUUCUAUUAAAGAACAUACCAUUAUAAAUGUUAAUUGCACUAAUGAAAUCUCUGCCAUUACCUCAGCCCCACUGUUCGUGUUUCUUUCAUGAAUUAGCAUCUGUUAUUAGGUCUCAGUAUUGCAGAUUGCUUGAGGUCCACUUGGGUCUCAUGGUUUCAGGUGAUUUCUUGAUUGUCUUUUGUAAAAGGCUCUUCUUUGUUAGCCCUGCUGUGUGUGAGAAGUCAGAUUUAUUUGGAUGCGUAUUGUGUGUUGCAGUGCAUAUUGCAUUAAUAUGUAUUGCACGUUGUUGAAACAGGUUGACUGUUAGAUAAGGAUGUAAUACUAAAACAGUGGUAUGUGCGAAGUGAAUCAGCCAGACCUCAAGCAGAGGAGCUACCUUGCUUCUGUAAUGCAUGUUUUAGGCCUGAUCCUUUAUGGCAGUUACCAUUCCCUUGACUCUGGAGGACUUUAUGACUUGCCCUGUGACAAAAGAGAACUUACUUUGGUCUCCUGUUUGCAGAAAUUGUGUUUAUUUGUAAACCUUGGUGCGACAGUAGCCUUGGAAGACACAUACAUUUUCCUUUGGUGUGUAGGGUAAGAUGUAUAGUAACAAGGGUUAGUCUGAGCCAAAAAUAAUUCCAAGAGUUCAAGUUUAGAGUGGCUUUCUGUGGCUGGCUGGCCAGUGACUGAUAUUUAGGCCUUAAAGCAGCAAUUUGGGCUUACUGAUUAUCCCAGAGAAGCUGUUCUGAUCCAAACUUGAUGCAUGUUUUAAAAUGUAUUAGAGCAGGUGUAAGUAUUUCUAAAAUAUUUGACAGACAAAUGAGGCAUAUAUCUAGUAAAUUCUAAAAGAUAAAAAUCAUGUAUGAAAAGUGUGUCACUUUCUUAGUCCAGCCUUUCUGGUAAAGAAACCAGGCUGGUGGAGCAACACACCAUCAGCUUUUGAAACUACUUUACUUUAUUAGAUGGCAGGGAGAUUUUGAUACCUGAUCUAAUGCCCAAGUCACGUCUUAAAAUGAAACUUUGGCUCCUCCAUCUCUUGGGCAUUGCUGUAGACAAGAUGUUUACAUUUACAUGAAUUUACUGGUGCACACUUACAUGAGCUUGAAGAAGCUCACAUAAGUUGCUGGCUGGAUGGAGUGGAUGAGGCUUUAACUUAAAGGCACAGUCGGCUAGCAGUCAUGAGCCUGGUGCAGCUGCGGUUAUGGUCCAAGGAAGGACAACUUAAGCAGAAGCAGGACUGGAUCCUACCAGUGUGGCUAUUGCCAAAGAUAAGUUUCUAUUUAAACCUGUGUAACCUGGCAGGAAGACAGGAAAACCAACUGGGAAUCCUUUGCAGAAGUGCUUGGAAAAUGCAGAUUUGUUGAAAUGGCCUUUUCCCCAGUCUCCAGGACUUCAAUCUGUUGGAAGAGAGGCUGGGCUCCAGGAUGAAGUUUCUCAUCACCACGUGAGAGAGAUCUGCUCAGCGGUAGCCUGACAGGCAGAGUACUUUCCUGGGAGCCUCAGUGUUCGUGCCGGUGCUCCUGAGUUAUGCAGAAUCACAGCUCUCAGCCUUCUUCAUGCCAGUCCAACAUCCCAGUGACCAGCAGUUUGGCUCAUCCACGUCAAGCUCUGGUGUGUGCUACUUUUUUUGGUUUUAAUUAAAAAACAUUUUGAAAAGUACCCAUCUUGUUCUUCCUGCAUUAUGAGGAAAAUGUGUGUGUGUGGUUGGGUGGAAGAGAAGGCUUGGCUUUAGACUGGAAAGCAGUUAACCAGGUAGGUCUGAAAGAAUGUUAUGUCCUCUGACUGUAUUGUCUUUCUUCCAGGGAGACAAAUCCUAAUCUCUGGGAAGUUUUGAGUCUCAGUCUAGUAUUUGCUCUUUUCCACAUACUGUAGCUUAACUUAAUGAAGUAGGUUGCCAACCUGGAGAGGUUAUGUGUGCUCUGUAUAUCAGGGAACAUCAAAAGCUCCAUUUUUUCUUUUCCUACUGUCCGUCUUGCUUUCGAGUAUAUGCUAGGACAGACUUGCAAAAUCCAUAGGUCUCUAUAUGGGAUUUCAAAGCAGUGAUUACAUUUAGAUACCUAUCAUCUAUUAUGCUUCACUACUCCCUACAAGUUUCAAGGGUACCGCAGUCCUUUUCCUGUUGGUGAGUUCUUGAAAGUCCUUCAGACAAGCAUUUUAGAGCACCCAAACCCAUGAGGUUAAAGACUUGGCCAGUCUGAGGAACACUGGAGUAAGAGGCAAUUUGCUUUACAAUAGCAAUGUAGUCAUCUUUCCUACUGAUGUCAAGAGGAGACAAGUAAGUGCUGUGAACCUAUGUCUUGGUGGGAGAUUCAGUUCUGCACCCACUGCUAUGGGGGAUAAGAUUCUUUUUUUGCUUUUGCCCAAUAGCCACCUUCCUGCUGGCUUCUCCCUGUUGGCAGGUGAUGUCUCAAAAGGACGGGGACAAUUAUUCAGGGGCUGGUUGUGUGUGUAAGAAUAUACGUGUCAUUUCUGUGUCUGCAUAUUACUGUCUCCUACAUUGCUAAAAGCGAGUGGAGUACAGUCCUAGCCAAGAGAGGCCAGGAGGCAUUAGAAAAGUUGGGAAGAGUAAAAAUUGUCCUUCAGAGGCUCCACGUCAGUUUCUCAGUGUGAGUCUCUUUGGUGCACUGGCUAUGGUCCCCCUCUUUGGACAAGCUUUUGCUUUUACUCUUUCCAUAUUGCUUCUGGACAGUAGCACAAUGGGAGGAGCCGCUCAUUUGACUGGCUUCAAUGGUUGUUGUUAAUGGGAGAACCUGUGGCUUCUUCAAGGGGAUACAUGAGCUGUUGCUGAACUGACAGAAACACCAGCCAGUGGGAGAGGACUUUCUGUGCUGUGUUGGGAGGAGUACUCAAAUUAGAGCAGAAGAGCACAGCAGCCCAAGAGCUUUGUGAAAUCCUGCAGUCUGCUCCUUCAAGCAUGUUAUGUGAAACUUAGUCACGUCUGUCUGGCUGUGAUAAAUCGGUUUCUCCCCAUAUUCCAGUGCAGUAGCCUGGAGAAAUGUUGGUGCUGUAACCAGAAAACUACAACCAAGCAUCACAUUCGCUCUUUGCAGGAGAUUCAGCAGAAUACUGGAAGGAGUUUAACCACCCGCUGCCCAGAAUAGAAGCCAGUCUUCCAAAGCUGUUGAAAGAGCUAUUUUAUAACAACCUGUCUUUUCUGUUGUCCUUCUGUCACUGUGAGAUAUAGCUCUACUAUUGAUCUAAAUUCUUGGAUUUUCCCUGAUUGCCUUGUUCCAGUGGAGAGCAACUUUGCUUUGGCAGCUGCAGUGGUUCCGGGCUCGACGGGGAUGUCUGAGCUCUGUGCCCUUCCACUUCUUGCCGUUCUUAUGGAGGAUGAGAGUACAGUGUGAGACAGACUUGUGUCUGUGACAAAUUGACAGGACAGUGACUAAAACAGGCAUUGAAAGACAGCCAUCACUCUUGACGUGAUGUGCCCUUAGCUCGGCUUCUCUUGGCAGGUGUUGUGGGCCGUAUGAAAUGAUCUCCAAACUCUGUGGGCACUGUGCUCUACAACAUGUACAGGGUGGCUGGCUUCACACUAGAUGCUGUCCUGGUGCCAAGCAUCUGCCAGUAGCUAGCAGUCUUCAGUCAGUUGGUUGAAUUUCCUAGUAAAUCUGGGGAAACAGGAAAAAUGCCAUCUCAAAAGCCUCAGAAGGCUAGAGAUCCCUGAAGGUCACAUUGCUCUGCUCUCCAGAGGCUGUGACUGAUGCUCAGACCCAACUCCGUUCAGCUGCAGCCUCUGAAAACAUUUCUGUAAAGAAGGUUCAUUUAAGUGUCUCACCAGUCUGCUUACUGUGGAACAAUAAAUGCAGAUGGCACCUGGGUAACCAGACCAAAGUGUCCAGGAGGUGUUGGCUGGGGUUUUGGGGUCACAGGACAGGGCCCAAAUCCCAUUGAAGUCCAUUAGGACUUGAAAACGUGCUUGAAACUAAAUGUGUAUGCUUUGUGGAUCAAGCUGAUUGUGAUCAGACCAAAAGUAAGCAGUCUGUCAUAUUUUAUUAACCGACACAUAAUGCAAGCAACCAUGUGUAAUGCAAGUGAGUGUGGCAGAGGGAAAGGGGUAGACUUUGCUAGUGAUUCUCUCUUUUGGUUUUGUUUUUUUUUUAAAACGUGUGCAUCCUUGGUUCCUAAAAUUGCUUAAAACCAGGCAGAUUCGGUGCUGGAUACUUUUUGCCACUCUGUUAUGUAUUGAAGCAAGAAUUAAAAUGACUUGAAAGGUCACUGGGCAGCGCAGUGCAAUAAUGUUCAGAUUCUCCUGGCAUUGCUCAGUGAUUAGAAAUAUUCAGCAUGCAAAUAGCUUGUUCAACUUCAGCAAGUACAUCGUCUCCCUCCCGCCAGCCUUGCUUGGGGUGAGCUAAUGGACUUUAAACAUUAUACAACUUAGAGAGUGACUGUCUCUAAUAGCUCCUGAUUAAGCUCUCCAGAAAGGCAAAUAAUCAUCAUGGGGCAAAGGCUAAAAAAGGGGAGGGAGGCAAAAAGGCCCAGAUAUUAUAAAAAUUGCUGGCCAAGGGACCUUUGCUGACAUGUUUUGUAUUUAAGGAAAUUCGGCAUUAUAUUUAGCACAUUUUGGCUUUUGAGAAUAGUUCUGUCAGAUGAAUCCAAAUUUAUUUCCUCUGAAUGCUUUUACAAUAGUGAUAAAAUAGCCUUCCAUCCCUUCUCCUCCCCCUUUGCCCAUUUAUAAUCUAUUAUUUUAGGGCUGUUCUGAGGAACUAUUGUGGUGUUCUAUUAUCAUUGUCCCUGGCUCAGCAUUGUGCUUCCAAGCUGAAUGUAGGCUUUUGGGGGUUAUUUUUAUCUUACUGACCUUCUGUGGUAGAGGAACAUGCUCUCAUUCAGUCUCCAGACAGCCUGAUUUGCUGAGCAGAGUAAUGUGGGUGCAUAUCAGGGGCAUCAGGCUCUCUUUAAAAUGACUUGGCCCUGUCUCUCCCUCUCAGUUUUUCGUCUGUUAGGAAUAUCAGCAUGGAAUACGUGACUGAGGUCUUGCUAGUUGCACAGAAGACAUCAUACGUGAUUCUGAAGUCAAGCAAGUUCUAGCAUAAAGUGAAAAUUAAGCCCAAACAGCUCCUUUCUCCCUGGUUCUCCACUCCUCUGGCCCCAUUGUUUUAGCUUUCACACAGUAUGUUAAUACCACUUCUGAGGGGAUCAGCUGAUCAGAGAAUAAAGGCCAAGGUGCUACCGUGUAAACCAGCCAGUUCCCCUUCUGGCCUUGGGCAUCCCUUGCAGGAUAAGUCCACUUCUAAAUGAUGUCAGGACCCUUGGAGCAGGCUUUGGCUUGCUGUGCUGACAUGUUACAGGCUGGGUCUGAAUCCACAGAUGACAGCAGGCCAGGGGACAGCUUUCUUAGCACUCUGCUGGCAAGAAUGGUAGAGAGGGAGUCGGAGUGGUUGAGGACACAUUCUCCCCUCUCUGACCUCCAGUCUCUGCAACACCAGCAUAGCUGCAGCAUGAAGUUUCAGCUCCUAUGACAAGGUACCAUUUGUGGAGUUUCAGAAAGAGAGGUUGAAUCUUAUCUGGCAAAGACAGGUCUCCAGGGAAAGCCUGCAGCCUGCCCCAAAAUUUCUGUACCUCUCUACCUACUUAUGGAAGUGCUCCGAGCAUGUGAGGUUGUGUGUUGUGCCCUUCGCCUACUUGGCAGCCAUGUAAAUAAUGCAGAAGAGUUGGGGCAGUGAGGAAGAAGGCCCAGUGAAGGACAUGUUUCCCCUCUACCUCCCAUGAUGUCCAGUACCUGCACAUUCACCUGUGCUUGUCCUGUGAGGAUCCUCCAAAUCUUCCUCAGCUAUUAAUUAGUGGUACAGGGCUCAGAGGAGUCAUUUCAGUCAUGGAGUUCAGAUACCACUACGGUAAAAAAUGCCUAUGCUGGUGUCUUUGAUGUUUAGGCUCCAGAGAAUGUCUAGUCCACUCCCAGCUCCACAGUUCUUAAUGCCCUGUAAACAGGGAAAAGGGCUGUAGCAAGAAAAAGCUCAAAGCUACAACUGUUAUUUAGCUUCCCUUAGAGGUUCCCUCUAUUUAUCAAUAUUUCUCGCAGGUCUUGGUUUAUCUACACAGUGUUAUAUUAGUUACAUUAUUUUCUUAACCACUGAUGGCAAAACUGGGAUUGGUGAGUGUUGCUAUAGGUGACCUCUGUGCUGCUAUAGGUACAUAUAGAAGUUAUCUUGCUGAAUAUUUGAACUGGCUGCACUAAUAUUAUCUCUGCUACUAAUGAAGAUGGACAGAACGAUGGUGGGAAGUCAUUACAGAAAACCUCCAGAAAAAUAAUGAUCCCAUCUAUUAAAGGAAACUCUAGAAACUGAGCCCAAAGGUCCCGAAUCCCACCAGCCUAUCGUGACUGAAGGACUGGUAAGUCCACCAAGACAUAUGUGACCAGGUCAGUAGUACAAAGCUAUUUCCUCACUUGUUCUUUUCCCAAGGUGUGGCACUAUUCAGCAUCAAAACCCACUGAAGGCAGAAUGUGAAACCCAACCCACCAGGAGGCAUGAAAAGCGCUGCUCAACUGAUCCUUCCGCUCUGUUUCUCUGCUGCACCCAGCCUGCCCCGUUCCCUUUUCCAAAGUUUCUUUAAAUAAUUUCUUCAGAGGUGUUCUGUAU